AUGCAAAAAAACCUUCAAGCUCACAUAAAAACUCAUUUCAAUGAAAAGCGGUAUUGUUGUGACUAUUGCCCAAGCACAUUUACUAGAAAGAACAGUCUUCAUCGCCACAUGGUUUCCCAUACUGAUGAGCGUCCGUUUAAAUGCGAAGUUUGUUCCAAAGCAUUUGCACGCAAAGAUGUGUUACGUGGCCACAUGGUUAUACAUUCAAGUUUGGGUUUUGAUUUAUUUGCUAUUGCAGGUGAUAAAAGUACCUUAUCAAAAAACUCGACAUUUCGUUGCAAUUGUUGCUCGUACGUAACUGAGCAAUGGUGGGCGUUAAAGAAGCAUUUACUUAUUCACUCAAGCCCUCAUUUAUGUGACAUCUGCUGCAAAAGUUUCCCCUAUAGAAGCAGCCUGUCUCGUCAUGCGCGCAUUCACACCGGAGAACAUCCUUUUUCUUGCCAUGUUUGUGGAAGAUGCUUUACGCGUAAGGAUGAUCUUCAACGUCAUUUGCUCAUUCAUUCCCAAGAGAGGCCUUUCGAAUGCGAGUUUUGCUCCAAGGCGUUUGCUCGCAAAGAUUCAUUGCGUUCUCAUAUGGUUGUUCAUCUGCCAAGCAUUGUUUGAGUGUUUUUGAUCAAAAGCUGUCAAAUCUUAUAGUGUUAAAAAAAAAACUGAUUUUCAUACUAAAUGAAGUAAUUUGUUUUCUCAUUGUUAAUUAGACAUUUUAAUCUUUGCUGCUCACCUUUUACAAAUGAUGCUGUUUUGACUGGAGGGAUUAAUUUCUAGUAUGCGGGAAUAAAUACUUAAUUGACAAAUAGCAAUGUUAUAAUAUGAAAAAUCUCUAUAGAACAAUAAAAGUUUUAUGAAAUGACUAGUCUGUUGAAUUUUAACUCUAGAGCUUUUUGUCAAAUGAAUUAAUGUUUUUAUAAUUAUUUUCUUUCAUUUACCUCUUAAGUAUGAAAGAUUUUUGAGCCCAUUCAUUUGUGUAGGUCAAUACCAUACACACACUAUGUUAUUGUAUAACAAUGUUGAAAGAGUUACUAUAUACUUAAAUGUUUAUUUUGUUAUUGUCUAGCUAUUGCAUGAAUUACCACAGAAGCUCAUUAGCAAAAUAAUUUUGAUGUUUUUGUUCUGUAAUUUAUAAGUAAACUGUUUUCCAAUCAGCCAAGAGUUUUCUAAGGAAAUGAAAUUCAAACUGAUCUGAACAAAAGCAGUAUUAAUUUUAAUAUUUUAAACAAUAUAUAGUUCUUUGUAGCAAUAAGCUCUUUAAAUAGAAUAUCUAUUUUUUAACCGAUCUUCAAAGUUAAAAACUCGAAAAUGUGAGAAGUGCAGUAAUAUGCAUUUAUUUAAAAAAAAAAGCUGUUUUCAUGC